ACAGUAGUUGAGUUUGCAAAAAUUCAUGGAAGAAAUGAGGCUAGUUGUCAGUUCAACUUAGAACCAACAAUGAUUGGUAGGUGGAUUAAAGCUUCUGAAAAAUGGGAUAAAUCUGUAAAAAAUAAAACUAAGGCAUUAGGUUCAGGAAGAAGAAAAACUCUACGAAUGGAUUAUUGA